AUGAAGGCGUGGGAAGAAGCUAUCCCCGUGUCGCACGCGCACGUUCAGAAGCAACGACGACUGGGUGCGAGUCUGAUGCUCUCUGCCCAAUUUAUCGAUGAAUGCAUUCAAUUUGCCAAGAGCUACGAGGAGACUCAGAGUUCUGUUGACCAGGACGCUACUAUCUCCUCGAUCAUAACCGCGUCGACCGUCUCCUCACUAGGCUUUUCCCGCGACGCCGCGUCAAGCGCUACCCACCACACCCCUGAUCCGCUCGCUGUCUCCAAUGCGGAGGCUCAGUCGUACUAUGCAGGCUUGCAUUCUGAGCCCACGUUACUUUAUCGAACGAGUAAGAAGCAGUGGUCCCCGCCCAGCGGACCUGAGGCCCAGCGCCAUUUGAAGGAGCUGCGCGAAGUCUUCACCCAUCCGAUUACGAAGGUCUGGAACCACGACUUGGCCUGGAAAGUUGUCAAGGUUAUGGACGCUCACACCAUCCGCUUUACGACGAUAGACGUUGUUCGUUUCAAGGAGGUCGGGGUCGACGAAGCACCUGAGGAUGGAGAAGAGGACGAGGAUGACGAAACGGUCGAGGCUAAGAAACCAGUCGCCGGUCCUGUCACCAUCUGGAUUGGCGUCUUCCCCGAGUUUACCUCCGCUACGGCUGCCCACAAUGCGGCUCAGAAUGUCCUAGCCCUUCUCUCGGACUAUCAGGUCACCGACGUCGACAUCGAAUACCGCGAAUCCUUCUACACACGCGAGGCCGGUCCUCGGCUUCUCCAACCUGUCGAUGGCCUAGACCCGCUCGUCGAUGUCGAAGCCAACGUCGAUUACGUUUGCCAUCCCGGUGCGCCCUCUAGAGACGUCCUCCUGCUCGGCAAGGGAGCCUUCACCAACCUCGCCGACUCGAUCAAACUCAUGAUCGGACGACACGGCAUCAUGGUCAAGCGCUGGAGGAAACAGAUUGAAGUUUUCGUGGAGAGGGAGAAGGGCACUAACACUAUCAACGCUGAGAAGGCAAAAGAAGUCCGGAUCGAGACUCGGGGGUUGCUGGACAAGGCCGAGAACGCGAUGGAGGCAAUUGGGGCGUUGCUCAAUUGGGUCAAUAAGGACUGGAAAAAACUCGACAACCGCGUCCUUGGUGAUGUCCUCCGCUCCCCAGCCAUCAGUCUCGGCGCCGGUGAGCAUCGCUUCACAGAGGACUGGGGAAUUUUCAAGGUCAACCGGGACAAGCUCGGUGACGGCUUCCAAGGCAAUAAGUUAGACCUCGGAACGAAGCUGACGCCCGACGAAUUUACGGUCAAAUGUUUCCCCCGUGGAGACGCCAACUGGGAGUUCGAGUAUCCCCAUGAUCGACUGCUUCCGCUAAUUGGCACCAUGACCGACGAACUGAUGCGCGCCCCCGACAUGUGGUACUCAGACGGCGAACCGUGCUUGCUAGUCGCCAAGAGCGGCAAUGCCACCGGCACCACCCUUGGCCGCGCGAACGGAGUCUUCUCAAUCGUUCGCGACUACUUCACCAAUCUGUCAGUCAACCAAACCUCCAUGGAGUGGGGGAUAAUCAACUACGACAGCAAGUCGGAGGUCUUUUCGGAACCCGGCGAUUCGGGCUCGAUAAUCGCCGACAUCCGUGGCCGUAUCGGUGGCAUGCUCACGGGCGGUUCUGGUAAGACCAAGUCCUCCGAUAUGACCUAUGCCACCCCGUUCUGGUGGCUCCUCCAGCGCAUCAGGACCAACGGGUUCCCCAACGCGCACCUCAACGUCUUCACCUGA